GCACCCACCCGGGGCUCCGAGGACGAGUGCCCCACCAAGAUGUACACGACGAGCGGGGAGUGCUGCAAAGCCUGCAACCUGGGAGAGGGGAUGGUGCAGCCCUGCGGGGUCAACCAGACGGUCUGCGAGCCCUGCCUGGACAGCGUCACCUACUCGGACACGGUGAGCGCCACGGAGCCGUGCAAGCCCUGCACGCAGUGCCUGGGGCUGCAGAGCAUGUCCGCGCCCUGCUUCGGCCUCAUGUUCCCCUGCCAGGACCUGCAGGACACGGUCUGCGAGGAGUGUCCUGAGGGCACCUUCUCCAGCAAAGCCAAUUUCGUGGACCCCUGCCUGCCCUGCACCACCUGCGAGGAGAACGAGGUGCUGGUGAAGGAGUGCACGGCCGUCUCGGACGCCGAAUGCAGAGACCUCCACCCUCGCUGGACAACACACGCGCCGCCUCUGGUGGGCUCCAACAGCCCCGAGCCCGUCCCCAGGGACCCCUUCACCACCGAAGUGAUGCCCAGCACCCUGGCAGACACCGUCACCACCGUCAUGGGCAGCUCGCAGCCCGUGGUGAGCCGUGGCACUGCCCACAACCUCAUCCCCGUCUACUGCUCCAUCCUGGCAGCCGUGGUGGUGGGGCUGGUGGCCUACAUCGCUUUCAAAAGGUGGGGAACAAGGCAGCACCGUGGGGUCGUGGCAGAGGAUUUGGGUGGUGGGAAACAGGCUGUCGUCCCCCCCGGAGGUCCCACGGCUGGAGGCAUCACGAACAAGGGUGGGAAAGGGCCCAGGCCGGAUGGGUAG